GUGAACUGUAAAGCCAGUUCAACAAGAGAGCCCUACCAACUAGACUUGUAGACAGGGCUGUCUGCCUAAAGAAACAUAUCCUUCCAAGAUUGCCUAAAGACCUACAGACUGUUGAGCAUAACAGCCAAGGAUGGAUGGUGGCAAGUUCAUGGCUCCACUCCUGACUCAGAGGCGCAAAAGGAUGGUGACUAAAGCCGGCCACAGCACACUGCAGAUAAAAAGUGCUCCAGGACUUCACCAGGCCCAGAUUCCACGAUUGUGAGAAGCCUGAAAACAUGCGAUGGCAAUGGAUGAUGCUGACCUUUUCGGCAUCUUUUGUGGCUCACUGGCUCAUCUUUGGCAGUCCUCUGGUAUGUCCUAGCUGAGAUGAAUGGCGAUCACAUAAACCAUGAUGACCCACCCCCAAACCAUACUAUCUGUGUAAAAUAUAUCAACAGCUUCACAUCUGCCUUCUCCUUCUCUGAGACACAGCUCACGAUUGGCUACGGUACCAUGUACCCCCAAUGGUGAAUGUCCAAGAGCCAUUCUCUACUGGCCAUUGAAAUGCUCCUGGGACUCAUGCUGGAAGCCUUUAUCACAGGUGCUUUUGUGGCAAAAAUUGCCCGUCCAAAGAACGGAGCUUUAUGGAUCCGCUUUCUGACUUGGCAGGUAGUAGCCCACAAAGAUGGCAAACCGAGUCUCAUCUUCCAAGUGGCCAACAUUCGAUCCAUGCCAUUCAUCAGUGUCCGGGUCUCUGCUAUUCUCUACCAAGAACUAGAAAAUGACCAGUUUUACCAGACCAGUGUGGACUUCCACCUCGACAAUCUCAGCUUCACAGAGUACCCGUUCUUUACCUUUCCACUGACCUACUAUCACUCCAUUACACCCUCCAGCCCCCUAGCUGCUUUCCUCCAGCAUGAAAAUCCUGGACACUUUGAGUUAGUUGUUUUCUUCUCGGCUACUCUGGAGGACACAGGAGAAACGUGCCAAAAGAGGACAUCCUACCUACCAUCGGAGAUCAUGCUGCAUCACUGUUUUGCCUCUAUGAUAACUCGAAAUUCCAAAGGUGAAUAUAUUAUCAAAAUGGAGAAUUUUGACAAAACUGUCCCUGAACGUCCAACUGCUAUAGUCCCUAAGAGCCCAAAUAGGACUGACAGGAUCCAUAUUAAUGGACAACACAUUGAUGCCUUUCAGAUUUCUGAGACAAGGGCUAGCAGAAUAGAUUUGCAACAUGGCUACAUUUUGAAAUAUAUUAAACUACUCAACUGGACGUGCAGCUGCUUUCCCCAUUCAUCAUUGCUAUCCCAUUAUCUUUUUCUUCAAUUACAGCAUGGCAUGCAAAGCAUGAUAUAUGACCACAUAAACUGAGACUAGUGGAUGAAUUAACUGCAGACACUCUGGAAACAGAAUCUGCACAGUAGAAUUUCUACCAGCUAAUUUCACUAAACUGAUCAAAGCUACAAUGACUGAAAGAAAAAUUAGACAGACUUCAUUUCUAAUGACAUUUAAAUAUGAUUUGAUAUUUUUUGUAAAAGGCAAUGAUUUCAAGAAUAUGACCUCAAAAAAACCCCCCAAAGCUACCCAGAGUGAUCCCAUUUAAAUCUAUGAAUUAUGUAAUACAUAUAAUUCCAAUUUGAAGUAAUCCUUUUCAUAUGAUGUAAAUUCUCCUUGGAGACAAUGAUUACGUGAUACAAAUUAUCACACUUUUCAGAAGCAAUGAAGAUCAUAGAUGAAGAUCAUUAAGUAUGGCCUUAAUUUUUAAGAGCUAAUAAUGAAAUUCAUAAAGACAUGUGACUUUUAUGGUUCAGAGAAUUCUUAUGAAGGAGAUCUAAUUCAAAUAAGAUUUAGUAAAAGACCAAAAAAAAAAAAAAAAAAGACAAGACCCUGUAGGGACUGUUUUUAAGCUAGUAGGCAAACUAUUUAUUUUGGAUAUAAGAAAUAAUAAUACACAUGCUUUAUAUCCUUUCUUAGAAUAAUUUUCUCUGACCAUGAUGUGUAAUAAUGAACCAGUUUUAGGACCACAAAAAAGAAAGAGUUGGGGUGAUGCUUUUGAUUUACUAAAAAUAGAAUAAUGCCCAUUACAUUUAUGUAUAUUAUUUUAAAGACCUUAACUACAGUCUAUAUUUUAA